UCCCCAUCUCUCGUGCUUCGUCUUUCCUUCUCACCACUCGUCACAUUUCCCAGUCAUUCGUUUAUUGAUUUAUUGAUUUUUCACUUUCCCUUCUCCACCACUCCUGUGGAUCCGGGCUUGGACCACCUUGUUUUUUCCUCUUUCACUUUCCUAUUCCUCUAAGGCUGGUGACCUUUUAUCAUCUCAACCGGUCCCUUUGAAAGCUGGACGCGUUGCGAUCGUUCCGCUGUCAUCCAUCCAAAACCGACUCGAGGUUUACCACCCAACGCAUUGACGACACAACCUGCGAAAAGACCGUGCCACGCUAUGAGCGAUUCUGUCCGCCAAUUCGACUACUGAGCCGUCCUUGAAUUCGCGAUUGAUUGUGGUGGGCCUUCGGGUGGUCACGAACCGUAUACCGAGAGCACUGCUUGACGAGCCACCCGCUGGAUAGGGUCGACGAGGCCCAUCAUGGCCAAAUGCUUUUCGCUGUCCGGGUCGAAACAAUGUCCUGCCUUCAAAUCGUCUUCCAUAUCGACCAACUCGCGUAUCCACACUGAUUUUCCGUUUAUGAAAGACGUGACUAGCCUCUCCGACUUUGAUAAAGCGUUGGAUGACUUCGUCCUGGGGUCAUACGUCCGGUCAAAAUAUGUAAACUACCUGGGAUGUGAGGGGGCCAAUCUCACCGACACGGACGAAUUCUACGCCCAGUAUACCACCAGUUCCAUCUGCAGUGGGCUGGUCCAGAGCUCCAAGGAGGACUGCGACCUGUCGGAUGAACAAUCCCCCCCGCUCUGUGCUGACACUUGCGUUCGUCCUCUUACCCUUCCUCUAGCCCCAACCGCUACUAAUACACAAUUGCAGGCCUCCAUGGCGACGAGUGAAGGCAGGAUCCUCACAUCCGAACGGUGUCCCCAGAAGGCGAAGAACUACUUGGACCAAAUCCGUUCCGAUUUCACCGUGUGCGCCCUACCCGCCGACUCCCUGACGGUCGGCUGUAUCCAUGGAGCCGACAACGAACCGAAAGAAUGCGGCUUCCGCUCCAACCUGGUCGGCCUGUGUGAUUAUUGCAGAUCGAGCUCGCCAAAUUCGACCGAUUCAUGCUGUGUCAACGCGGACGCCGGAACGCGAUGCCGAGACGUCACGCUCCCGUCGGCCAGCACCCUCCCCCCGCUGUUCACCACGACCUCCGAUGCUUCCGCCGGCGAGGCGCACCAUGGCCUGUCGGGAGGAGAGAUCGCCGGGGUUGUGAUCGGCGCCGUCGCGGCAUUCGCCCUCAUCGCCGCUCUGGCCAUGUUAUCCCUGGUGUACUGGCGACGAAAGCGUCGCUUGAGCCUCGACAGUGGGUUGAACCAGCCCAAUCCCCAACGGAAGGGCUCGCCUUCGAUGCAGCAGCAGGGAAGUCCUCGAGGCUUCGCUGCGAUCCCUGGUGGACGAGUCACACGCAUGUCCGCGCUUCGGGAAGUUCCUGGAUCCGCACGCUCCCGGGCCUCAGCCUUCUUUGGUGGCAAAUAUCAUAGCGACACUUCGGACUCGGAAGGCUAUGGGGCGAGUCCCGGGGCCAUGUCCAAGAGUAUCCCUCCCACUGCCGGGAAGCGGUUGGGUUCCCUGUCCAGCAACUCGGUCCUGGCCGGCGUAGGCAGCGACACCACGUCGCCUCGUUCAGGGACGGUGGGGAAUUACUCGUCCCCCGAAGCAUUGUCGAGCGGACAAUCGGAGCAGCUCUCGACCUUCCAAGACUAUUACUCGCAAGAUGACAUGCGCCCGGGUGAUAGGGUCGCGGUCUUGUGGGCAUAUCAACCCCGAGCGGACGACGAGUUCGCGCUGGACCGCGGUGAGAUGUUGAAGGUGAUCGGUAUCUGGGAUGAUGGCUGGGCCACGGGGAUUCGCGUCCCUGAAACUGCCGAGGACUACGACAUCCGACAUCGCGAACAACGGGAUAGCGGCGUGUCCAAUGGCUCUCAGAGGCCUUUGGUUUCCCCGGCGCCAAUCGGGGAUAUCAAAGCGUUCCCCUUGGUCUGUGUGUGCCUUCCACAGCACUGGAGAAAGAUCAUCGACGGUGGACAGGGUGAUGAUUUUGUGUGAGCUGUGCUGCGAGUCCCCACGGCAUCAUCUGUGGUUCGAUGCCAGACUAUGCCAUGACGACAGCGCCUUUACCCUUUUCGAUCCGAGUUCACGAAGUUGGCUCUUUGUGCCCCCAUCAUCACACCGAAAUCCGCGAGCAUGCUUGGAACCGGAGUUCCCUUCUCCUCCACCCUCAUUCCGUCUUUCUGUGCGA